AUGGCUGGAAGCUCGCUGUGCCCCUCGAGAGGCUCCCGCAUUGAUACCCAGGAGUCGACGCCGCUGCUGCCCAAGGCGGAUCCGCUGCUAUCCAUUCCAAAGGAGGGGAACCCGCUCUACUUGUACGUGCUCACGCUCUGCUCCACCAUCGGCGGCUUCCUCUUUGGCUACGACACGGGUGUCAUCUCCGGAGCGCUGGUCUUGCUCAAAAGCCCCGAGGUGUUCGACCUCUCAGAUCUGCAGAGCGAGAGCGUGGUCUCAGCUGCAGUCGGGGGCGCCAUCCUGGGCGCAGCUCUCAGUAGCUGCGGUAACGACGUCUUCGGGCGUCGCCGAGUGAUUCUGAUGUCUUCCGCCAUGUUCACUGCGGGUUCAGUACUGAUGGCGUCGGCCGAAUCCUUCGGAGAGCUGCUCGUUGGACGUCUCGUGGUGGGCAUCGCCAUCGGAUUCGCGUCCAUGACGGUGCCGCUGUACAUCGCUGAGGUGUCGCCCCCAAACAUCCGCGGACGGCUCGUGUCACUUAACAACGCCUGCGUCACUGGCGGACAGUUCUUCGCUUGUGUGCUGGAUGCAUUGCUCGCCAACGUGGACGACGGCUGGCGCUACAUGCUUGGACUAGCCGCGAUCCCUGCGUUGCUGCAGCUGCUCGGGUUCUUGGUGCUGCCUGAGACUCCACGCUACCUCAUGAGCAAAGGCCGCAAAGAAGAAGCCUGGGAGUCCCUCAUCAAAGUCCGAGGUACGAUGGACGUAUACGCCGAGUUCAGCCAAGUGGAGGACGAAGUGGAGAGCACUCGAUACGAAGACACCAACGUGUGGGAGGAGCUGCGCUCGCCGUCCGUUGUGCGCGCGCUCGUACUCGGCUGCUUCCUCCAGGCGCUCGCGCAGCUGUGCGGCAUCAACACCGUCAUGUACUAUGGAGCCACCAUCAUCCAAAUGGCCGGCUUCACCGACCCGUCGACGGCCAUUUGGCUCUCGGCGCUCGUCUCCUUCAGCAACUUCAUCUUCACCUUCGCCGGCAUCUAUCUCGUCGACCGCGCGGGCCGUCGACUACUAACGCUCGGGAGUCUGGCCGGGGUCUUUCUGUCGCUUGUAGCGCUUGGCGGGAGCUUCUACGCGGCCGAGCUGCAGUCCACGCAGGUGACGGGCGUCGGCGAGUGCGCGGGCAUCUCGACGUGCUUCGACUGCGUGGCCAGCGCCGCGUGCGGCUUCUGCUCCGAGGGCAACGCGGACCCGACGAGCGCGCUGUCGAGUCCCACGGCCAUAAACCUGUGCAUGCCUGGCACGGCCGAGUCGACGGCGCUCGGGUCGUGCUCGAGCCCGAACUGGUCUUUCCAGGCCUGUCCGACGGACAGCCGCGCCGCUGGCUGGACCAUCUUCGUGGCGCUGUUCGUGUACCUGGCCUUCUUCGCCAGCGGCAUGGGCUGCAUGCCCUGGACCAUCAACGCCGAGAUCUACCCGCUGCGCGUGCGCAGCUUCGCGUUGGGCAUUGCGACGUCUGUGUGCUGGGUCACGAAUCUACUCGUGUCGUUCACGUUCCUGUCGAUCGUGGACGGGCUGUCGGUGUACGGCGCCUUCUGGCUGUACGCGUCCAUCGCGCUCUUGGGCUUCGCGUACCUGUGGAAGGAGCUGCCGGAGACGAAAGGACUGGAGCUGGAGGAGAUCCAGCAGAUAUUUGAGCACCGCGAAAAGCGCUCGAGCUCGGCAUUCUCCACUAUCAGCGAGUUCGCAUCAACCGCAUCGACGUUGUGA